UCGAAAAUGUGGCUGAGAAAUCAGGAUCAAUUGCCAAGCUCUUUGCUAUUUACUGAGCGCCACAGCAAAGACAAAGCCGUACGGAGCCGUAAUUAAGUAAAAGGAAAUGACCAGAAACUUGGGGGAUCAUGUGAUUCCACUCUCUCCUUUUUCACCAUCACUUCAAUGUACAAGAUCCAGCAAAGCGAUUUUCUGAACAGGAUGAUAGCACCUUUCUCAAUCAUUGCACUUGUUGUCGCCUUUCCCUUUCAUGUGCAAUCAGCCGGAACGGGCUACCAACCAACUCCCCAACAUGAUCCUUAUCCACCUGGUUCGCCUCAGCCAUUGCCAAAAUGCACCGGAUCAGUAGUCAGUCAAACAAUCGUUGCUACAAGUAACUGCAACCAUCUUGUUUCAGGAGCAUGUGGAUUGCACACAUUCUGCUGUGCAUCUUGCCCUUAAUAUAGUCGCUUUUAGAGGCAGAAUUAUGAUAAUAUAUCUUUUUUGUCGUAUAUCUAGUACUCAGGCUCUUAAGGAGGAAAUCAACGAGGCAGCGCAAAGUGGAGAAGAU